GCAAUACUCCGAAGCAUAUGUCGUGCCAGGAGACAUCGCCAGCCAAGGACGCAAUUUCCUGGCCGAGGCGGAACGAUAUCUACCAAGCCAUCAACUGGAAAAGAAUGGCGGGGUUCGGCUAGCGUCAUUGCAAGGGGCGUUACUCUUAUAUGAAAGGUAGGUGGCCAUUUCCCCUGUGAGAAUCAUCUGGAGGGUAAACGUAACCGUCCAUUCGGAUGGGCACUAGAUACGCCAUGUCGGGAGAGGACGAUCUCGGCUAUACCAUGCUCAAUUUGGCGAUCGAGAUGGCGGAGGCACUUGGCAUCAUCAACCGGGAGCCGCUAGAUCUCAGCAAAUUGCAGCUGUCCGACGAAAUGAUCACCUCCGUGAAGCGAACGGCAUGGGGCGUCUUCCAGGUCGACACGGUGGUCCAUACCAACUUUUUGAAGCCCAGCCGGGUCUCCAGCGUCAGUCUCGACCGGAUCGACCCGAACGAGACCGGUGCCGGGGACCUGUGGGUCCCGUAUCCGACUGACAAAAGACCCCGACAGUCAUGGCUCAGUCAAUAUUUCGAUGAAGCCUGCAAGCUCUCGUAUCUCGCCCGUGAUAUCUCCCGUCACCUCUACCAUGAGACUACCACCCGGGCGGACCAAUAUCGACAGAAACAAGAGUUUUACAAUAAGCUCCGGCAGUGGGAGCAUGCCCUCCCAGACAAGUUCCGGACGGUUAAGAGAUCACCGCCGCAUAUCCUCCUGCUAAGAAUGCGGUAUCAUGUACUCCUUAUUGGCCUGGCGCGGGAUGGCUUCGGAGUCCAAUCAUUUUUCCUAGGGUCCGAGGAGCAACGACGGACGAUGGACGAAUCUGCCCACGCGAUCAGUCUCGCAUCCGCUCGCGAGAUUUCGGCCCUCGCACGGAUUCAUCGUGAGGAAUACGGGAUGGAGCGCGCUCAUCAGUUCGCUACCUAUGCCAUGAUGCUUGCGCUCUUCACCAUGCUCGAUGACCCUUCCUUUGACAUCCUCGGCCACGACUUCCUCUCGCUGACGAGUGCCUUCUCCAUUACGGCCAAUCGGUCCCAAGUGGGCCGCCAUCUCUUCCACAUGUUCCGCCAGUCCGUCCGAUCUCGAAACCAAGAGGAGCGGGUCCUGCAGUCGGACGCGGUCUCCGACGAGGUGAAGGAGCUGUUUAGACGCCACUCGUCGUCCCAGUUGCCGGAUGGGUGGGGCAACUAUGCCGACGGGCUCGAACGAUAUCAGGGAAGCUUCUCGAGCGAGUCAUGGAACUACACGGCCUCGGGGGUCCGUGACAUGCUCGAAAAGUAUGAACGUCUGAGUCUGGGGAGCGGCGACAAUGUCCACUCGCGUCGGCCGUCCUCGCCGAACGCCGAGUGGAAGUCUUGAUCGAUUUUUCUCAUGUCACUAUAGUCGUCCCUCUCUCCAUGGUCCGUUCUUCAUCCGUAGUUGAUGUACCGGCCCUUCAUGGUUUCUCUUCCCUGGGCAACCUGCAUUUC